AUGUACGGUGAAUUGGGGCACGUCAGCUUUGCUUUUAUUACGCCCACAGUUUUACUUCCAUGCAGAUUAAUAAGAAAGCGGCCGUCUUCUCCACAGAAGGGCCAUACCCGUUCCUUGUGUGCGUCGGCGUCUUUGUCAUCGUCGCGCAGCAGCGAUGUGAAGGAAAAAGUGUUUGGUACAAAAGACGAUGGAAAGCAAGUGCAUGUCAGAUUUUUCGAUACUCUUCGAAAGGUGUCGAGGACGCAAUGCUUUUAUGUACAAGUAGGAUCUACAAUGGCGUACAUGAAUGAGAUGGUACAUGCUUGGCUUCCUGAAAUUGGUGCUUUGGUAUUCUACACAAUGCAUAGUGAUACGCAUGGACGGUUGUUUUCUGUGGUUAAAGAUGUUCUCCAUCCAGAGAUGGAAGUUCCCAAACUGUUUUUUUGCCAGGAAGUAUUUAUACCGCCACGUCAGUUUGUACAGAGUUGGGGCGUUGUCAACAUUGUUGUUUUACAGAGUCAUGGGGAUAUUGUUUCUGGCUACAUUCCAUUAAUUCUUCACCGAUCUUCGAUGUCCUCCAGGGAGGCGGUACAUGAACAAAUUCGUCGUUUGUGCUGUGCGUCACCAGCUGAAGUAGAUUACAUGAAGUUGCAGCCUCUCCUUAACUCUACGGUUCAUACUGGUUUAGUCAAUUUGACGUCCUAUUUUGAUACUUCUGACGGAGAAUCAACAGUGCUUCCACAGAUCGCUGUGGUUUACCCAGCCUUGGUGGCUGGGGAUUUGGUCCGUGUUGACAUGGUUGACCGAAUGAAGAAGAGAUUUAGCGUACAAGGUAUGGUUAAGAGCAGCCGCCGGAAGGAU